AUGUCAGGAAGAGCCGAAGAGGAAAGAAAGCAGGUAAAAUCCGAGCCAGCUAGGCCUGUUGGGUCUUUCCAGGUUGUCGCUCCCGAAGAUCCUGCCUUUCCGUGCUUGCCUGCCCUUGUCCACCGCACCGAGAUCCAGCCUGCCACCGCCGAUGUUCUCACACGACACCUCACCCAAUAUGGUAUACCAGAGAGAGGUACCUUUGUACACAUCUUGGCAGCCACCAACUCUGACAGUCCCGUCUUCGAUUCGGCCAAAGUCGUACCAUGUGCACCAUGUGCUGUGGAUGAUCACUGGCCAUCAUUCGCCAUUCCCGCCUCAAGUCCAGGCUGUCUUGAUCGCGUAACUGUGCGUGUACAGAUGAGCUCAAGCUUCAGCUCUCAAACUCCAAAAUCCCACGAGGCACAAUCUGUCUCCAUGGUUCGACACAUGCAAGACAGGCAGUCCCCUUCCAUCGAGACUCUUUUAGAAACCUCCCAUCUCUUCCACGCCUGGAUCCCCCGUCUUGUGUCUCUUUACCUGACUGAUCCCCUUAUCCCCAAUCUCUCCCAAACAACCACCCUUUCAAGUACCUCUCUUACUCCUCCGUGUCGUCCUCCUCCCUCCCGGCCGAGGUCAACCGCGUGCAGUCGUUGUCGUUGA